CAGCCUGCUGGGCACAUGCCGUUUUCCCCCACAGAUCACAAUCAGGUCGCCCCUAGUCGCGCAGUUCGGAGUACCCAAAGUCCAGACUCCAGAAGCAACUGAAACUUCGGUUAAAUUCCAGCGUGACUCUUCCAAACCCCACGCAUUGACACACGUUGUGUACGCACGCAGGCCGCGCGGAGCGCAGCUUCCUUCCUUCUCUCAUCGCUCCGGCGGGGAUCCCAUCUCCUGCUAUAGCCCAUGGCCCCCGCCUCGCUGGAUGAGCUCCAUUGCGCCGCCCUGCUGGAGAAGCCCCCGGCCGCCGCGCCGCCGCCGUCGGCGCUGGCUGCCGUUGAGGGCGAGCUCCGGUGGCUCCGGCGGUGCGUGGGCGCGGCGGCGAAGGGCUUCGCCAUCGGCUCCGGCCUCAAGGGUGGCCUCGCACUCUUCUCCGUCCUCGUCCGCCUCCGCAGCCGGCGCUCCCCUAGAUCGAGGAAGGCGGGAGCGAUGACGAACGAGGAGGCGGUGGUGCUGGCUCUGAAGGAGACCGUGAGGUACGGCAUGUUCCUGGGGACAUUUGCCGGCACCUACGUCUCCGUCGACGAGUGCAUCGCGGCCCUUUGGGGGCGCAAGAGAACAGCAAGGUGGAGGUCAUUAUUAUCUGGGUUAAUUGCUGGUCCUUCUAUGCUCUUGACGGGGCCUGGCACGCAGCAUACCAGUUUGGCAAUAUACAUUCUCAUGCGUGCUGCCGUACUUGCAUCCCGUUGUGGAAUAAAGAGCAGAAGGUUUGGAAAGAUUUGCAAACCUUUGACCUGGUCACAUGGUGAUAUCUUCCUUAUGUGCCUUUCAUCUGCACAGAUUUUAUCUGCGUACAUUCUAAAUCAGGACAGUUUGCCUUCAUCAUAUAAAUCAUUUCUGAACAAGCAUGGUGGAAAGGAUCAUUCUAUCCUGCAAGGCCUGAAGGAAGUAGUCAAUCACACUGCUUUCACUAACCUAGCGGGUAUUGAGAAGUACUACAAAUCUGUCGGUGUUGACCUUAAAUUAGAUCCAAACAUGAAAGUGCCUUGCUCAAUUGUGCAUGGUAAUCAAUCAUGUACAGGACAUUUUAUUUCAUUCUUGUUACAAGCAUAUGGAAGAGCAGUUCCUGUCUAUGUUCCAGUCUACCUAGUACCUGCACUUGUAGUUCAUCGGCAGGAUCUCAUGAAAAGGCCUUACACAAUACUUGGGAAGAGUCUCCUAGGAACAGCAAGAUCUAGCCUAUUCCUCUCAAUGUAUUGCGCAUCUGCAUGGGCUUGGACAUGCUUCCUUUUUAGAACCUUCGAGAAGUGCAAUACUCCACUCGUUGUACUUGGCACGUUCCCAGCAGGUCUGGCACUGACCAUCGAGAAGAAAAGCAGGAGAACUGAGAUAUCCCUGUACUGCCUUGCCAGAGCCAUCGAGAGUUUCUUCACAUGCAUGACCGAUGCAGGGCUCUGCCCUCCGAUACUGCAGAUCAAGCGAGCCGAUGUAGUUGUGUUCAGCAUGGCUACCUCGAUUAUUAUGCAUUGCUAUGCCCAGGAAAGAGAGGUCUUCCGGUCCAAGUACCUGAAUGUCCUUGACUGGGUGUUUGGUGUGCCGCUUCCGGCAGAUGACGACGAAAAUAAGAAAUAUUCGGCAUCCAGCGAUGGAGUCAAGAAAGAAAUAUUCUACAUUGGAUGAUGUAUUGAUGUAAUCAGAAAUGUUGAGUAGCUUGCUGGUAUUUAGAUAUUCCUCUAGGUGGUUUAAUAGUGUUUGUGAUCUUAGUGCAAGAGUAGGUAGGCGCAUUAGAAGGGCUCUCCUAGCUUACAAUGAGCCUUGUACAGGAGGCUCUUCCCAAAUACCCACAAGCGGAAUUUUGUGGGGGUAACAAAUCAUAGAUUUAUUCAAUUGAUUUAUCCCUGUUGGGACAUAUGUACUGUACACUUAUUGAUCUUAUUAUGUCAUGUUGUACUUCUUUAUACUGCUUGA